AUGAGCAGCGUAUGGGAUGAAAUAAGGCGCCAGGAAGAGCUCUCAGAACAGAUGCUUUUACAAGCAGCAGAGGCGGGUGGGGAGGCUGUCGAAAUCUCUGGAGACGAACAAGAAUACGACUACGACUGCGAAUACGACGAGUAUAUCGUAGAUUCAGAUGAAGAGGAUUACGAGGCACAGUUACUUUCCGCGCAGCAGCAAUGGGAGGAAUCUCUUGAGCAAUUAAGCCAGGUGUUUAACUGGAUUCUGCUGCCGCUGGUGGGCAAAUAUCUAGGCCGCAGGACUGCGCUCCGAGUGUGGAAAAAUGUUAUGCAAUAUAUUUGGUAG